CAUUACGUUAUGCUUACUCCACACACACUGGUAGCCGGAGAGAGGGAAGACGUAAUGGUUUGAUUCCCUGUGCACUUGCAAUGGUCGUCGUUCUGACAUUACUCGGCAAAUUCCUCAGACGAGAGGUGCAAUGAAGGCAGGAGCAUCGUCCAUGUGGGCGUCAUGCUGCGGGCUGUUGAACGAGGUGAUGGGCACGGGCACGGUGCGGGCCCAGCAGCCGGGGUUUGGAGCAGGCGCGGGGCCCUUUCGCUUCGCCCCCAGUGCUGGGUACUCCACCUACCCCCCCACCAGCUCAGGGAGCGCCGGGCAGCUGUGCAAGGCCUGCGGACUGGCCUUCUCGGUCUUCAGACGCAAGCACAUCUGCUGUGACUGUAAGAAGAGCUUCUGCGCUCUGUGCUCGGUGCUGCAGGAGAACCUGCGCUGCUGCACGACGUGCCACCUCCUGCGCGGCACGGCCUUCCAGCGGCCUCGGCUCAUGCAGCUCAGGGUGAAGGACCUGCGCCAGUAUCUGCUGCUGCGCAACAUCCCGACCGACACAUGCAGGGAGAAGGAGGACCUGGUGGACUUGGUGCUCUGUCACCAGGGCGCGAGGCAGACCCCGAGACCGGUGAUGGAGGAGGAUGAGGAGGAUGAAGAGGAGGAGGAGGAUACACACGAAGAGGAGGAGGAGGAGGAGGAGGAGGAGGAAGAAGAGGAGGAAGAUGAAGGGGGAGAUGACACAGACAGCCUGCACUCGCUCCCGCACUCACGUGCCGCCUCGCCCCCUUCCGCGACGCGCUCCACCUCUGAACAGUCGGUCCUCUCCGCCUCUCAGGGAGACGUGCUCAGCCCAAGUGACAGCUCAGGGACCACCAGCCAGGAGCAUGAUGAUACUCCAACAGCAUCCCUCUUGAACCUGGAGCCCACGGAAAGUCUCAUAGAGGUCAGUCCGGCGACACAAAGGAGGAUCAGAGCCUCUCUGUCUGAUCUCGACAACGAAGAGGCGAUAGAAAACCUGUCCGUCCGCCAGCUGAAAGAGAUUCUCGCCAGGAACUUUGUCAAUUACUCUGGCUGCUGCGAGAAGUGGGAGCUGCUAGAGCGAGUGCAUCGACUCUACAGAGAAAACGAGCAGAACAGGAAAUCAAUGGAAAAUGUCAACAUAACUGCAGUGGUUGCAUAUCCUCCACCUCUCUGCAACAGUGGAGUUGGAGAUGGCGUCAAAGCUCAGCUGGCAGCUGAUGAAAACCUGUGUCGCAUCUGCAUGGAUGCCAUCAUCGACUGUGUGUUACUGGAAUGUGGUCACAUGGUAACUUGCACCAAAUGCGGAAAGAGGAUGAGCGAGUGCCCCAUCUGCAGGCAGUAUGUUGUGCGGGCCGUGCAUGUCUUCAAGUCUUAAAACUCAGUGCGUGCGUGGGUUAGUGGGUGAGUGUCGGAGCGGCUCUCAGGCGUGGCCCGAGCCCUGAAUUUAUCACUGAGAAUGAACUGCUGUGCAUGACGUCUCACAGGGCCUAAUGCUGCAGCAGGCGUGAGCAACUUCUCGGUCUUAAAAACCAGACUGUUGCCUCUGGCCUACCACGGUUUGCCCCCUGCCCUCCUUACUAACUUAUGUUCCAGUCCCCCUUUCUGCACCCUGGUGGACCGGCAUCGGCUGCAUCGGGACUUUCAUUUUCUCUGUCUUUGGUCUGUAAAACACACAGGAGAAGCCCCUGCCAUCACGUUGUACUCGCCAGUGUCUGUUUAGAUUCGACCCACAAGAGAGGAGCGGGCAGGAGGUGGUCCUGCGGAUACUUGAAGUGGACCACCUUGUUAUUUGUGGGGAAGAGAAGCAGUUAAAAUAUAAGAUCCCAGGGUUAGAGUCAGUAUGGUUUACACAGUCAUGCCACAUGGCAUUGUGUCAUUCUCCUUCAGUGUUUUUUUUUUUUUUUUUUUUUUGUUUCUUUGUUUCUUUUUAGGAUGUGCAAUAUCAGAAAAAAGUAAAAAAUAAAAAUAAAAAAAAGAGAAGUGUUCUUAGAAAAUAUUUAUUAUGCACCAGGUCGUCUCACACAGGAGCAUGUAGGGUGCCAAAAAAGAUCAUGCCUUGAGUUGAUAUUUGGUUAAGAUUUCACAGUAUAAGCAUCACAUAACCAGCAAGCUUGGUGUGAUACUUUAUUCUUAUUUUUCCAUUUACUCAAAUGAACUUUGGGGAAACAGAGUGUGUACACGUGAGCCGGUUAACGCUUACUGUGUGAAGGAUCUUUUCUCGGUUGUCUCAUCCAAGACUCCUGCAGUUUGCCGGUUGGUUAAGUCACAGUGUACAUUCCUGCUAGAUCUACUGUGCGAAUGUUUAUUCAGACAACGACAACAAAAUGAACUCAAGGCCCACUUUCAAGCUUGUUGUAGAGCUUUUUGCUGCAUUUUACAGUCUCUGUAAUGUGAUCGUUCAUUGAUUUGCCAUUGAGAUGUUCCUUGAUGUCACAUGACCUAAGGUGGGAGAUCAUGUGAAAGGCCUCCUUCUCCUGUUUACGUUUUAUUUCCCCGCGUCCUUUCUCCUACUGGUCCAUUUCUCCUCACAGUCAUCGUUAAAUGUACCUUAGGAGCUAAACUGAUUUAUAAAUGUCACACGUCCACUAGUGAUUAUAGACAGGAUGCACGUAAGACAGUUUUAUUCCAUCAUCUUACAGUAACUCUAACACAGUGGAAUAUAAUUUAACUGCAAAAUUGUGUAGCAGUUGUUACCAACUACGUUUCCUGAUACAAAAAAGCAGAAGAGAUAACAUAUCACUUAUCCAUGAAUGACUUAGAAGAUGAUUAAAUCAACAACUGUAACACAGCUACAAAUGCACAACUAUGCUAAUCAGUUUAAGUCUUCUCGCAUUUUACCUGCUUCUAAGGGAAUUUUUUUGUGGACAGUAGAACCCAGUCUGGCUGACAAAUGAUCCUGCUGUGCAGCACAUCAUAAAUAAGUGAUGUUGCCUAAUAGGACUGACACUAUGGAAGCAAGGGUUUCUCAUUUGGCGGCUUCUGUACUCAAAUCUCUCUCCCAUCUUCGCCAGGAGGAGCUGAGAGGUGAGGACGACACAGAAGCGAAUGAAGCGAGCAGCUUCAUUUAAUGAAAACAAACCCAUGACAUGCUGCUGGAUGCCCCAGUAGGUGGUACUAAGUGGACCUUGAGUUUAGCCCCUAUAUUUAUCUACAUUUUAAAGUUGGUUUAGUUUUCUAUAACUUUCACCAAGCAAUACCGUUUCAUUUCCAAAUUGAUCACUUGUUUUUGUCGUCCUUUUUAAUGUCAGAUCGUAGGAAGGUAACAGGUGCUACUCCUUUUUUUGUUUUGUUUUUUGAGUGAAACUUCCUCACGCAGACGUUUUGCCACGUCAUUUCCAAAUAUCCAUCACACAGUAAGAGGCAGCCUGAUUUACUUUAACCUGUUAUGCAAAUAAAACAUUUUGUUCUUGUCACGAGAUCCAGUUAACUCGGAUGUCACUGAAGUAUCUGUGUGUACAGUAUGCCUGUGGUAAAUAAAAUAACUGCAAUUUAAUCGCUGUUAAGUAAAUUGCAUAGAUAGCUUUUAUUGUUGUUUACUGAUACUUUAUUAAAUGUAUAUUUUUCCAUUUACCUUGGAGUUGACAUGAUUAAAAAUUCUAAUCAUUACAAAGGUUUAAAAAAAAAAGAAGAAGAAUUUACUGUUUUUCAGAAUGUAUUUCUGCUGGUUAUGGUCACAUGAGUUUGAUCAUGUCUCUCACUAUUAAAGUUGCAUCAUAGUCUUGCUUUCUACAACCUUUCUGUUGUCUUCUGCUUCCAAUUCACUCGCACCAUGCGAUGUAACAGUCGCUGUUACUCUGUCAGUUUGUUGUUGCUGCUGUCUCUCAAAGAUGUCACUCACGGGCA